CUGCACUACGGGACCCUCCUGGGCAGCAGAGCUUGUGCCCACAUGGCAACAGCUGCCUGGGCCAGUGCCUUUCUCAAUGCUCUCAUGCACACAGCCAAUACAUUUUCCCUGCCUCUGUGCCAUGGCAAUGCCCUGGGCCAGUUCUUCUGUGAAAUCCCACAGAUCCUCAAACUCUCCUGCUCACACACCUACUUCAGGAGCCUUUGGCUUAUUGUGGUUAGUGAUUUUCUGUUAUUUGGUUGUUUUGUGUUCAUGGUUUUCUCCUAUGUGCAGAUCUUCAGGGCUGUGCUGAGGAUCCCCUCUGAGCAGGGACGGCACAAAGCCUUUUCCACCUGCCUCCCUCACCUGGCUGUUGUCUCCCUGUUUAUCAGCACUGGCUUUUUUGCCUACCUGAAGCCCCUCUCCAUGUCCUCCCCAUCCCUGGAUCUGGGAGUAUCAGUUCUGUACUCGGUGGUGCCUCCA